AUGGACCUGACCACACUCAUGAACAACGAUCGAUUGCUGUCACCCCCCGUGACCCCAAAGUCGUAUCCCAUGGAUACCGUAUCAAAGCACUACCAUCACCAUCACCACCAGCAUGACGACGGGCAUGAGGAUCUGCUGCCAACUGUAAUUUACAUUCCUCCGGUGUCACCUCCUGCCUCAAUGGACACUGUUGCUGCUACUGCUACUGCUGCUGCUGUUGUCUCAGAUCGUCGCCACCACCACCACCAAAAGACAUUCAAGUUUCAUCUCGAACGACAAAAGGCUUUACCCUCAUCCCUCGCCGUCGCUCCUCGACCCUUUCCCGUCUCACCACCACCUGCUAUCCCUCCCACAAUGGCUCACGUUGUACCCGAAAUUGUCAUUCCCGAACCAUUACGACGACCGCAUGAUCCGAGUCGACAACGACAACAACAACAACAGGCACGAAUCAGCGAUACUAAAGCUCGAAAUGUCUAUCAUGGAAAGCGAAAGGUGUCAACAACAACAACAACAGCUACUGCCUCGAAUACAAUGGCUAAACCAAAAAGGACAAAGCAAAUGCCUCUGCGAGGGCUUUCAUCCGAUGCAGCAGACCAUGCAUUCUCUUUCUGCAUGAAUGCAGCGCAAGUGCAUCAGUAUGGCAUGCAGGCUAUUUUACAGAGGGAGCGACAAGAAGAACAGCGGCGCUUGGGUAAUUACUAUUGUUCAUAUCCUUAUCAUAAACACAGUCGCCGCAGCCAACAAGACGACAACGACAACAACAACAACAAUAGCCGCAGCCGCAGCAGCAGCAGCAGCCUCAUGACUGGAUGGUGUAAUAGCAAUGAGACAGCCGUACUACAAGAUGAUGAUGAUGAUGAUGAUGAUGAUGACAACAUGUCAUGUUCAACAGCAAAACGAGCCAGCCAUAGCAAUGCUUCGACAUUGGCCUCGCAAGCGGACCGUCACAUGAAAAAGGCCAAAACCGAAGCUGCAGCUGCAUAUGAUCGCGUGGAUGUUACCGUUGACGAUUCGCUGGUGUAUGAUCCUGAAUGGGUGCCUCUGUACGAUGUGUUUGACAGGAAGCCCAAUGUGCGACCGACUUACAAAGCCAACUCGCCGCUUCAGAUCGACCACAUGGAGUUCUAUGAACACCUCCAUCCCUGUGAAGCCAAUAUUGCGUCUCAAUUGCGAUUGCAGCCCAAACAGUACCUGAUGUGCAAGCGCUCACUGGUUCUCGGUGCGCAGGACUCUUACAAGAAAAAUGUGCCGUUCCGCAAAUCAGACGCUCAAAAGCUGUGUCGAAUCGAUGUGAACAAGGUCAGCCACCUGUGGGCCUUGUUUGCACGAUUGGGUUGGCUCGAGCCACAUCCUCAACAACGAUAG